CUCGAAACCAUGGACUGGUACUGGGGCAAAAUAUCAAAGGAAGACGUUACUGAAAAGCUGAAAAAUACUCCAGAAGGAUCAUUUAUGGUCCGUGAUGCUUCAAAAGUGCCUGGAGAAUAUACGUUAACCUUAAAAAAAGGCGGAUUUGACCGACUGAUACGAAUUUGUCAUGAACAUGGUCAUUACGGCUUUUCGAAACCCCUCCGUUUUCGAUCUGUGGUUGAUUUAAUCAGUCAUUAUCAACAAGAAUCACUAGCCCAGUAUAAUCGCGAAUUAGAUAUAAAAUUAAUGUUCCCUAUAACUCGU